AUGCAUUUGGCAAACGAGGUAUCAUCAACAACCGGCGGUGGUCAUACUACCGCCCACAACGAAAAUAAUAGCACAUAUAUUACAGCUGAAAUGUUAGCCGAACGUACCUUAGAUAGUCUAUUAGCGGAACAUCCUGGUGAAUUAGUACGUACCGGAUGUCCACAUGUUGUUUGUACAGUAUUACCACCACAUUGGCGUUCAAAUAAAACAUUACCGGUAGCAUUUAAAGUUGUGGCUUUGGGUGAUGUUGGUGAUGGAACAAUUGUAACGGUACGAGCGGGUAAUGAUGAAAAUUAUUGUGCUGAAUUACGGAAUUGUACGGCGGUGAUGAAAAAUCAAGUAGCGAAAUUUAAUGAUUUACGUUUUGUUGGAAGAAGCGGACGAGGGAAAAGUUUCACCUUAACAAUCAUCGUAUCAACGAGUCCACCGCAAGUUGCAACAUACAACAAGGCAAUCAAAGUUACUGUAGAUGGUCCAAGGGAACCUAGAUCGAAAACCCGACAUCAAGGCUUCCAUCCGUUUGCGUUUGGACCACGACCAUUUGUUCCUGAACAUCUUACCGGCUCAUUACCGUUUAAAUUAAGUGGUUUGGCUCAUCAUUUAGCCGGUCUACCAGGUCCACCAGGUUCCGGUGCCGAAUGGGGACGUCCACCGGGUUAUCCACCUGGCCAUGCACUACUGCCAGCCCACCCACAUCAUCCUGCUCAUGCACAUCAUCCAAGUCAUCAUAUCACGACACAAGCGCAUAUGUGGAGGGAACAUAUGUUUGCCGCAUUAGAUAGACCUUUAGACACAUCACCGAGAAUAGCUGCAGAGCCUACUACAUCUUCAACGGCAUCCCUAGGACCAAUCACUAUCAAUUGUAAUCCACAUAGUACAACAUCACCGAAAUCAUCCCCAUCGGUAGGUGGAGAUCCCCGCCAAGACAUUGCAACAUCAGCGUCUGGGUUACUAACAACAACUACAGCACCUUUAUCACCUCCAGAAGAUGACAUAUCCGUAACCGGUUCCCCAACCCCAUCGCCACAACCACCUGCUGCCACGAAUAUACAGGGUGUUUUAGCUCCACAAAGCAUUCAUAGUUCACAUUUAUUCAAUAACGCUUUAGCGGCAUCACUAUUCUUAAAUACUCCUCUUCUUCCUCCACCCAGUCAAUGGAUCUAUUCCCAUUUAUAUCCUUCUCCAGAUUGGUCUUGGUUACAACUACGUCAUCCAACUUUCUUAUCAAGGCCAGUACAAUCACCUUCAAUUGAAAACCAAGUAACUGAUAGCAACGGUGACAAAGAUAUUGAUGAAAAUAAGCUAAAAUCAACAGAAAGUGCAGGUAUAAACUUAUCGGUUCACAGGGGUCGCAAAGCGGUUGUGACAUUAGUGAAACAAAAAAAUGACGAUAAUGUGACUUCAACAGAAAAAAUUGCUACACCACCGAUAGCGUCAAGUGUAACUCAAAAGAAUAGUAAUAAUAGUGCUGGGGGUAAAAUUAAUAGUUCGAAUAAACAUUCAGACGUUUGGAGACCUUAUUAA